AUGAUGCGAAUUCUACUUUUUGCUAUGAUUCUUCUGGAUGCAGCCAGCCUUGCUCAGCCUAAUGACGAGGCGCAAAUCCAUAAAAGCGUAUUUGAGAAGCGAGAGCUGAUGAAUAAUUACAUAGAACUGAGCAUGAGUAUGCCAGUCAUUGGGAAGGGCAAGGGUAAAGGUAAAGGAAAGGGAAUCGACUACAGCCUAUCAUCGAAAUCCUCAAAGGCCAGCUGGUCCAAAUCGUCCAAGUCAAAGGGAAAAGGAAGCAGCAAAAAGAGCGAUAAAAGUGGAAAGGGUGGUGGCAAAGAAAUUUCGCUCGUUCCCACAGUUCCGACCCCUACUACGGCUCCAAUUGUGGCACCUCCUACUAUCACUACAACCUCCCCGUUUGGUAGUACAAUGAGUGAGUCACCAAAUUCGACGCCUGCGCCCACGUUGACACCAGUAUCUAUUUCUCCAUUCACGAUUCUGUAUACCAUCGAACAAUUCCGCCUCCCUCUCGCAAGCGAGUAUGUUUCGGUCGCAAAUCUCACAGCGAACUAUUUGAAUGAGUACUUUCGAGCAAAUUUCCAAGAGACGAGUCUUGUAGACUUUGUGAUUGCCGACACGAUGAUGACUGACAACAACUUUCAGUUUGGACAGCCUGUCGAGAUUGAUUACAGAACACAGCUUACGUUUGCGUCGGCUUCCUUUAUUCCUUCUACAGAGGAAUUCGACGAGUUGUUGGCCAGUGCGUUCCGCGACGACAACUUGGCAAUCUACAUUUCUCUUUUGAACAGUUUGCCAAUCAGCAACAUCUUCCAAACAACGUCGCUUGUUACUUUUGAAGGAUCUACUUCCGCUACCGUACCCGCGACUAGUGCAGACUCCGCCGCAAGAGCAGCCGGAAUCGCGGUAGCAGCCGGUGCUGGAGCCCUUAUCUUUAUCAUCGCUGGUGUAGUUAUGUAUCGCCGAAAGGAAAGAGAGGAAGUUGGCAAGCGCCUCGAUGAAGAUGGGCAGAUGACAGUUGCUGGUGACACGUGUGGAGGCUCGUCAAUGGAUUCCCAAUCGGUGGUUAAUCAAACACAUGCAAUGAACGACGCAGAUGGCUCCUCGGUAUCGGAAUUGGGCGACUUUCAGGUCGCUCCAUCAAAUCAUCCCAUUCUCGAAGAAGGAGCUGAAGAGGAAACGGACGACGAGUGCGACUUUGAAGAAAGAGGCCAACUUUCGGAAGUCCAACUGUAA